CCGGGGUGAGCUGGCCGAGAGCCCGUUUUCCCUCCGCUUUUGAGCAACUGUUUUAGCCAUGGACGCAAUGCUACUAUGGGUUCGACAGGCCACAGGAGCCUCAGAUACGCCUAAGAAUAGCACAGACACAACAAAUAACGGAGAAAACCCAGAUGGCAAGGGAGAUACCGCAGGAGGGUCCGGAGAGGAUGCCCAUGGGGGUGCCCCAGGAGGCGGAGGAGGUUCCUCAUCAAUUCCCAAUAUCUCUUCGGCGACUUCCAUUCAAACAGGCGUCUCAGACCCGUCUGGUGUGCCUACUACGUCAGGAAGCCAGAGCGAAAACCCGGUCGAUAGUCCAAAUCCUGUGACCAGUAACUGGGCCACUGGAUCCAGAGCCAACUCUACCACGUCAGCCGCACAAACCUCCUCGACUUCUCGGCCUAGCAGUCUUGCAAGCCCUUCAAGCACUCCUGGUACACAAAACGCAAGUAGUGGACUGAGCGGUGGUGGACUUGCAGGAGCCAUCGUAGGGUCUAUCCUUGGGACCUUCAUCCUCACUCUCCUGGGUGCUUUUCUUUUCUUUCGUCGUCGGAGAAAAAACAAAUCUUACGCAGAGUCGACCGGAAUGAAAUCAUCUGAGUCUACCAAAGGACUGGGCCAGAUAUCCUCUCAGCCUGUUCGUUCAUCACAGCCCUCCGUGAAGGGACAUGGCUCGCAUUCUCGCCCUGUGGGGAAGCAAUAUCUGAAUUUAUCUUCAUAUAUCCCCCAGCCGGCCGAUGACGGUACUGUGUCCUCGCGCAUCCAAACCCUUUUCGACCAAGCCAGUCUGCACAUCGACAACUACUAUUCCUCAAGCCAAACCAGAAUUCGGUUGUCUCAAGACCCUGUUGCUGGCUUCGAACACUAUGAUUCCGCUGCCUUGCCUGCCCCGCUGGCCACCAUGCUCGCCAAACCAAGGGCAGAAAGGGCAAUACUUACGCAUGUCUUGGUACGAACCUUGCUGCAGGCGAUUCAACCAGGACAACAAACAGAACGCUUGCUUCCAGCUCCUUAUGUACUAGGCCCACGAGUGAGCACAGAGAACAACAACACCCGCGCCGUAUUCGCCUGGCGUAUGCUCACAGCCCAUCUCCACAAAGCCGGACAACCAGGCCAGGAAACAACCACAGUCUCUGUCUCAGAAAAUACAAUCCAGUCACUGGCUCAGGACUUCUCAACAACCUUUGCGUCUUACAGCGACCCUCACUUUCCUGAGUCCGACCGGCUUGCACAGUUGAGCAGCGUGUUCAGAGCAGCGUCCGAGCUUGGAACUUGGCUGUUCUCUCAGCCGUGCAGUUUUGAUUUCCGCUGGGAUACAAGUUCGGUCUCUUCGGACCAUGUUAUUGUGCUUCCGGCGGUGGUGAAAAUAUCGGAUGAGUUGGGUCAGCGGUUGCCUGCGCCUCGUGUAUUGGUGGAUAAGACGGUUGCACGGAUUUGA